UUUUACGAAAUUAUAACCUUAGUAAAGAAUUUAUAAACUCUAUCGAAGAAUAUGGCCCGCUUAUAUAUUAUACAAAGGAAUUACACGAAUCACGUAGUCUAGUUAUUUCUAAACGCCAAAGUAACGGUACCAUAC